AUGGCGAUGAAGACGGCACUCGUGGCUGCAGGCCUCUUGUUAGGGUCUGCUAGUGCCAUCACUGUUGAGGGCAUGCUAGCUGCGCCUCGCAGAAGUACCGGCAGUCUCAGCCCUAAAGGAGAUCGUGCCUUGUUCUCCGAAACCAAAUUCAACUGGACGUCCGAGAAAUCCAGCACUUCUUGGUACUUCAUUGACACCGAGACUGGAAACAUCACCAAAGCGCCUUUCGGAAGCGACGCCGCGGAGGUUGUAUGGGUCGGUGACACAGAGGACAGCAUCCUCUACCUCAACGCUACGAACGAGGAUAUUCCCGGAGGAGUCACGCUGUACACUGCUGAUCUUAGUGGUGACUCUUUUGAGCCAACACUGGUAGCAUCGCUUCAUGCUCCUCUUUCUGGACUGAAGGCUGUAAAGACCGACUCCGGCAUCAACUUUGUUGGAAACUGCCUUGCUUACGAAAGCAAUGGAACCGCAUACAACCCUGAGCUCGUAACUGCACCAAAGAGCCUUGGUCAGCUGUAUGACAGCAACUUUGUAAGACAUUGGAAUUACUACAUCACUGCCGAACGCGUCGCUGUCUUCAGCGGAGUUCUCAACGGCGGCAACGGAACCUACAGCUAUGGAGGCGAGCUUAAGAACUUGCUUUCUGGCAUGAGCUACACCAUCACACGCCCCGAGAGCCCCGUCCAAGGCUCUUCGAGCGACCCAGCUGACUAUGAUCUGUCUCCCGAUGGCAGCAUGGUUGCUUUCCGUACCAAAUCUCCUGAUCUACCUAAGGCGAACUAUACCGCUAGCUACAUAUACGUUGUUCCAUUUGAUGGAUCCGAGGUCGCCGUGCCGGUAAACGGUCCUGGCACCACUGCCCCCGAGACAGCACAGGGUGCAUCGGGCGCCCCCGUUUGGUCGCACGACAGCAGCAAGCUGGCCUACACACAACAGGAUGGUAUCGAUUACGAGUCCGACAAAUACAAGCUCUACGUUGCUGAGAUUGAUGGCAUGAACAGUCAAGUCCGCUCAGUCGCUGAGGACUGGGAUUCCAGCCCAACCGGUCUUCAAUGGAGUCCAGAUGACGUAGACCUCUGGGUCACGUCCGAGCUGCACGCUUCUGUACGUCUUUGGCUUGUUCCCGAGGACGCGCCAGCCGACUUCACACCCGUCAACUUCACCGGCCCUGACACUGUCCUCUCCGACUUUGCUGUGCUUCCCGACGGCAGCGCUUUCGUGUCCGCAGCCGCCUCCUGGACUAGCCGCAUGUUCUACAAGCAGUACCCCGGUCAAGACAAGCAUAUUCUCUUCACUGCCAACGAAGUUGAUCCUGAGCUCGAGGGUCUCACAUCAGACUCCGUGUCAAACUUCUGGGUCACAAACGACGAUGGCGACGACAUCCAAACCUUCGUCUUCUACCCCACCGAUUUCGACCCGAGCAAGAAGUACCCUCUCGCGUUCAUCAUCCAUGGAGGCCCACAAUCUACCCAGGGAGACAACUGGAGCGUGCGAUGGAAUCUGAGACUUUGGGCCGAUCAGGGGUUCGUCGUUACUGCAACACAGUUCACCGGAUCGCCAUCGUACAGCCAAGCUUUCACCGACAAGAUCCAAGCAAACUGGGGUGGAACUCCCUACACCGAUCUCGUCAAGGUUUUCGAGCAUCUCCGCGACAACGUCGACUACAUCGACACUGAUCGCGCCAUCGCCGCCGGCGCAUCAUUCGGCUGCUACAUGACGAACUGGAUUCAGGGUCAUGACCUAGGCCGCGAGUUCAAGGCCCUCGUCUGCCACGACGGAAAGAUCAACCAGGUUGGUUCCUACGCUACCGACGAGAUCUGGUUCAUUCAACGCGACAACAAUGGCACUGUCUGGAACGAACGCGCCAACUACGAACUCUGGGAUCCCCUUGCGCAUUUCGCUAAUGCUAGCACACCGCAGUUCAUCAUCCAUAAUGAUCUGGACUACCGUGUUGUGCAGGCUGAGGGACUGCAGACGUUCAACAUCUUGCAGAGUUUGGGCGUACCGUCGCGGUUCUUGCAUUUCCCUGAUGAGGGUCAUUGGGUUACCAACAGGCAGAACAGUUUGCUUUGGCACAAGUCCAUCUUCAACUGGAUCAGGUACUACGUUGGAUUGGACGAAGAGCUUUCGAUGGAUGGCGUUAUCACGCAGUAG